UUUCACGUAUUAUUUCAAACAAUCUCUUCCAUCGAAACUUCCGUCAAGUCUCUGUUAAACGUGGGAGGAGUGGCGGAGUCAGAGUGGCAGCUUAUUCGGUUACUUGCUGACUCAGCCGGUUCCCGCGGCCAUUUAAGAUGGGAGUUUCGUCGGUUUCUUUCUUUCCCUCUGACACUCUGUAUUUCACUCUUCAGCUUCGGCUUCUUCAUCUCUGUCGAUAACCUCCCGUCUUCUCUUCAGCCGGCCAAUUCCUCUGCAUGCUCCUUCAAUUCCCAUUUUUCUCGCCGGAGAUUUGAAGAUCAAGCCCCAGAAAUCACGAAUUCCCUCCCGGAGAUGUGGUAAAGAAGUUUCAACUUCCGUGAUUGCUUCGGAGUCCGCCAUCGCCAGGUAGUUUUCUUUUCCAGGCGCUUCUUCCAUAUGGUUCCUUGGCAGCAUUUUUCAUUCGUUAGCGCUUUGCAUGUCUUCACGGUUGCAAGAAUUUUCCUAGGUCUCAUGUAAACUGCGAGCUCUCAUGACUAGGGUUUCUGGGAACCGUCAAUUUUUGUGCCCUAUGUCUAUUUCUCCGCUUCUGAGUUUUCUGAAUCCCUGUAUUGGAAAACUCUGCUUGUCCUUAUUACCCUUUUGUUGAUACUAUGAUUAGUCUUGAAAAAUGACGAUUCGUGCUUCUUGACGAUUGAUGUUCUUGAGAUUUUGAGAAAACACUAAAACAAGAGGAUUAGGAUCAAUCAAUUCUCAUGUUUCAGCCUGUGAAGGUGCACUCAUAAGUUGUUGAUCGGUCGACUUCUGCUAGUGAGAGGAAGGAGGAGGCAGAAAUGGCAAGUAGUUCAAAGGGGUCCAAGAAAAAACGAUGGAGAAGCCAGGUCAUAGUGGGAGGAGAAGAGAGAACAAUAGACCGAUUGAGCGAUCUUCCCGACGGAGUUUUGCAUCACAUUCUCUCGUUCCUGGACACCAAAUGCGCAGUCCGAACCAGCCUCGUGUCGAAGAGGUGGCGAUUCUUGUGGAGAGAUGUUCCUGCCCUCAAUUUCAGCAGGUCGGUCUGCAAGAGGACCGCCUUUGCAGAAUACAUCCGCAAUCUUCUGUCCCUCCGCUCCAACGAUGCACCUGUCGCCAGCAUCACCUUCAACUUUGUAUAUUCUUGGAUGGUACAACCGGACAUGCAUCUGUUUGACAGGAUCAUGAAAUAUGCUGCUGACUCCCGUCGAAAUGGUGGCCAUGGUCUUGACCAUUUGUCCAUUGCCCAUGCGGUCUGUGAGAUCAGAUUCGGCAUGCUGGCUGCCAGCAUUGCGGCUCAUCAUCGGGAAUCAAUCAAGACUCUCAAGGUUACUAAGUCGGAUCUCGACAGUGGCAGUGGAUUUGGACUUGGAUUCAGUUUCCUUACAGCCCUUGAGCUGCGUGGCUGCUGGCUUUACACUGGCAGGGAGAAACUCCCAGUUGAUCCAUUUGCUGGUCUCCCUUGUUUGAACUACCUCAAACUCUUUAACUGCUCCGCAACAAGUCUAGUAUUCAAGAUAACGGGACCUCAGUUGUUGGACUUCCAAAUUCAGAAAGAGUCUCACACGUCAGAGAAAAUUGAAGUGUUUGCUCCAAAGCUGAAAUCUUUCCGUUAUUCGGGUUUCAUAACCGAGCUGGUCAAGUUGAGUGCUCCUUCUCUGGAUUGGGCGGACAUACGCAUUUGGUGGGAUCCCAUGAAGAUUGAAGAGCUGGAGCUGCAUUGUAAGUAUAUGAAGCUGUUGGGGGAGUUGCAUAAUGCUAAAUCUCUCUGCCUACGCUUUGCUGACAUAUAUGACAAGUCGGGGCCUCCAAAGAGCCGGGAAGAACAACUGUCUCGUCUUACCAGCACUCCAAAGAUUUGGGAAGAAGACGAGUUUCCUCUUACCAGCAUGAAGUCGUUGAUGGAGUCCGAAGCAUCUCCGUUCACCCGGCUGAAGACUUUGAGAGUGCAGUACCCUCAAGCUCCACCAAAGACGCCUUGUGAAGUAAUCAACUACUUUUUUGAACGGUCUCCUCACAGGGUGGGAGGGAAAUCUGUCAAGUUUGAGAAGAGGAAACAAAUGAUGAAGCAACGAUGGCUUUACGUGUAGUUAGCAGGAAACAAAAGUGUUGAAGUUGAUGGAGUGGUAGAAGUUGUCAAGUUAGCAUGUAAAGAUGUAAUCAGUCGAUCAAGCCACUUGUUUUUGUCGCAGGACUCAACCAAACAUGGGGGGUGAUUACUUUCAGUAUUUUGUUAGCUUGAUCAAGCUUUCCUUAUGGAAUUGCAUGAAUUAGGUUCACAAUUCUCUUCAUCUUCCUUCUGUUUCAUGAUGCUUAGUGUCAACACCCAAUCCCUAUUUCCUGGAAGACAACUCUCUGCUUGUACUUCUUUGCUUGUUGUUGAUGUUAGAGUAAGAUAUGA